AUGGCUCCUCUACCAUCGCAAAGAGUGAACCCCCCAGUUGGACCGUUUAGUGCAGUUGGCGUUGACUACCUGGGCCCAGUGGAGGUUGCUGUAGGUAGGCGUAGAGAAAAGCGAUGGGUGGCUGUAUUCACGUGUAUGGCCACGCGUGCAGUACACUUGGAGGUUGUUUACGGAAUGUCAACGUCGUCAUGCUUGAUGGCCAUUCGUCGAUUUGUCUGUAAGCAAGGAAGCCCAGAAGAAUUCUUCUCCGACAAUGGCACAAAUUUUGUUGGAGCAUGGAACGAAAUGCGAAAACUGAUUAAUUAUCAAUGUGCUGAAGCCAUUACAGGGCCACAUGUUAAGUGGCAUUUCAAUCCUCCCGGUACUCCUCAUAUGGGUGGUAUCUGGGAAAGGAUGGUUCGUUCCGUAAAAGAGUCUAUGAAAGCGUUAAACGAUGGGCGAAAGUUGACCGAUGAAAUAUUGUGGACUACCUUAUCUGAAGCACAGGACAUGAUAAAUCAGCGUCCACUCACAUAUAAACCAGAUGAUCCGAUAGAAGAAGAAGCCAGAACAGUAAAAGCGAUAGAUCUACAACCCGUAUCAGAGACAGAACUGGCCGACGCAUUGAAGGAUAUAUAUAGGCGUUCAUAA